AUGGCCGCUCAGGUGGCGGCGCAAGGGGGAGCGAACACCAGCUCCACCCGUACAGAGACCCCUUGGACCACGGUGGGUCCGAAAGGUAAGAAGAAGAAGGGGGCGGCUACACCAUCUACAGCCGCCCCAAAGAAGAAGAAAAAGAAGAAAGUACCGACGAGGGCAUGGAAUGCCCUCGUCAACGCUACACUAGUGUUUUUUGCGUCUAUUUCUUUUGUAUCUUCCACGGUGCUUGUCAAAGCCCCGUGUCCAGAUGCGAAACCUGCUGCUAAUUUUAACUGGCCUGCUUACAAGGGAGUAUGGUACGAAAUAGCCAGGUAUCCUGACGACUGGGAGAAAAAAGGCGACUGUGGGGUGAUGGAGUACGACGUCAACAACCCCAACAAUGCCUUCAACCUCAGCAACGUCGUCAACGGGAAACGCACGUCCGUGCUAGGUACAGUGAAGACCGAAGGAGGAGUCCUGUUACAUGACUCUUCAGAUUUUACAAAUUUAGAAGGGACUUCUGUUAUUCCUGUAAACAUUGUCGAGGUUGACUAUAACAACUACGCUAUAGUUUACGAAUGUAAAUAUGACGAGGCGAAAAAAAUUAGACAUGAUUUCUGUUGGAUCAUCACAAGAAGUCGAAAACCAAGCGACGACGUCAGGAGUAAAAUUGAUAACUAUAUAGCAUCGAGUGGAUUCAUUGAUAAAAGCAAACUUGUUUACAGUCAUCUUAGCGAUGAAGCAUGCUUGUUGAAAUAACUUACAAAAUGGGAUGUUUUUAUUAAUUUAAUAAAUUGUAG